AAGGCACUUUGUGCUUUCUUUAAAGGAAAGCUGGACAUUGGCGUUGACACCAUUCAGCAUGGAGUAGAGGGACUAACCUAUCUUCUUACUGAGAGCUCCAAGCUUAUGAUUUCUGAGAUUGACUUUCAAGAUUCCAUUCAUGUCCUGGGAUUCUCAGAUGAAUUGAACAAAUCCUUGCUCCAGCUGUACCUUGACAACAGGAAGGAGAUCAGGAGCAUUCUUGGAGAGCUGGCACCAAGGCUGCCCAGCUACCACAAUCUGGAGUGGAGACUGGAUGUGCAGCUUGCAAGCAGAAGUUUGAGACAACAGAUCAAGCCUGCUGUGACCAUGAAGCUAUAUCUUAACCAGAAUGAAGAUCAAACUGCCCAGGUGUUGCAAACUGACCCUGCUACCCUUCUCCACCUGAUCCAGCAACUGGAGCAGGCACUGGGGGAGAUGAAGACGAACCACUGCAGGAGAAUAGUGCGCAACAUGAAAUAGCCUCAAUUCCUGCCUGCUCUCCUACUGAGCAGUUUGUGAAACAGCUCAAAACAAUGCUCACAAAUACACUUUGAGGAAAAAUAAACAUCUGGAUCAGAUGAACUGCUUUCCUGUGCCAGGAUCUUGAGCCAGUAAUUACAGGCCAAAUGUCCUCGGCUGCCAGCUUUGCAAAUCUGACGGAUACAAGAUAGGUAAUUGGGUUUGCAUUACUUGCAAAUGGAGGCAUUCAGCAUACUAUGCUGAGAAUUCCUUUAGCUCUAAAUUAGGAUGGAUCUGCUCGAGCUUUCCUACCUUUGGUAGAACUGUCUCAAUAUUAUUUGAAGCUGCAUAUUUACUGUUACAUUUAUAAAGUAAUUUUUUCUCUUUUGCUUCUCUUUUAAAAUAUUUUUUAAACCCUUAUACUGGUGAGAAUGAUACUUUGCAGGAAGACUUCUCCCAUGUAGACUCAGGUGUGUGUAAAAGCCGAUGUGGGACUGCUGCCCUUUUCCUCCAGAGGACUGGGUCAGUGGGGGCUGGUGUGACACUGCUGCUCUGUCCUUCUCACCUAUAACUGAGCUAACACUCCUGUUAGCAGAGCCUGCUGUGACCCCGCAGGACAGCUCAGGCUUUCUGCAGCCAGCCCAGUGGCCUGCACAGGGUUGGCAAACUGGUUAUAUGUGAAGGUGGUCUGAAAACUUGCAAAAGCAGAGCUAUGGGUGAGGAGGCAGGUUAAGAAUAGUGUUAACCUUUGCUAACUCUGGUCUCUGUGCCCUGAUGCCAUGGUUUGUGUUCCACUGUUUGGAUAGUGCUCGUAAAGGCAAGACCAGCUAUUGCAACCAAAAUUAUGCUUUUCCACUGUUAAGAAAAAUGUCUAAUAAAGAUGAUGUCAAAUGUCACUUUUCAGUUGUAUUCUAAUGCAGUAUUUUGCAGCUUUUGUGAGUAAGAUUAAAUGGUUUUAGUAAUCCAUGCUUUAGUGUCACUGCUGAGGGUGCAUCAUAAAGGCCUUAAAGUAUAUAGGACAGGACAAGAAGGCGAGAGAGAACCAUGACAUACAGAUUCUGGCAAUAACUAUUCACCGUCUUUCAUGGCAACACCAUAAACUUCUGUAUUCAUUGUGUUUUUACAUUCAAAACUGCAUUCUUUCUGUUUUGAAUUUUUGUACUUCUGUACUACUAUUUCAAAUUAAACCUGCAUGACUGAAGUGCUUUAAAAAAAGUUUUCUGGAAUGUGGAGUUGCCUGUUCCACAGCUGCUGUGCAGUGUGGUGAUGGUGUGAACAAACUGAAUUGCCUUUCUCUGUGAAUCAGCAAUGUGUUCCUUUUAUCAUCCCUGUGUGGUGACCUUUUUCAUAGAAUCAUUUUCAUAUAUAGUACAUGGUAAUUAAAUGUUAGUACUUGGGAUU